UGUUGGUGGUUGAGUCUCAAUAUUUUGAUGUUCUCAUUUACUAUGCCUCUUUGCCUCGAGGAAAUCAUUUGAAACAAGAAGCAAACGAGCAUGAUGAGCCUUCAUUUUGUAUUGUUUACGAGUACUUGGCUGUUCCUUACAUUUCAAAUUCAGGAAAUGAGCAAGUCAGUCGCACUCGUUACGCAGCAGCUCGCUAGGAUUUGUUUAUCUCGAGGAAUGCACAGUUUUCAUGCCCCGUCAACAUCGAGCGUUUCUCUACCCAUCAUAGAAAGAAAGAUCAUAAGCCCAGACUCAGGCGAGAGUUCGGAUACGUGGUCUCGUGGCCCAACUGUUUCUUAUGAAUUACCUGCGUUAGAGAACGCGCGGCGGGUCUAUACUUUCCCGACGCUAAACAAGGCACCAAUUUAUGCUCCCGCUCCAUUUCUUCAAGAACUCCUUGAGAAAAUGGAUCCUUUACCUCAGAAGGCUCCCAUAGAAGCGCCUCCAGCUUCUAAUCCUGUAGCCAUAGAGCUUGCACCACGUUUGCUUACAAUCAGACGGAAGAAGAUGAAAAAACAUAAAAGAAGAAAACGCUACGAUCGGGAUUUCUUCAAAUACCAAAAAUACCACAAAGAAAAGAAGUUACGGGCUGAACGAGAAUUUAUCAAGCGUAUGAAAGCUCACCUAGCAGAGUUGGAAUCUUUCAAGCCUGAACAGUAUGUGGAAGAAACGAUUGCAGCUGCCAAGAAAGAAUGGACCGACGAAUUGGCGCCGACGGGUAGAAAGCGCUAUCCACAUUGGUCACGACUUAUGUCACUAGAGGAACUCUAUGGCAUCCCUAAAAGCGACUACAUCGAUAAGAAAGCUGGUUUGGCAGGAGAGGAGGAUGCAGAAAAGAUCAAGCAACUCAAGGCUGAAUAUGAUAAUAAAUAUCGUGGAAUUUGAUAGUAAGUUGUUAGUUGUUAUUUUUCAUAGGUUCUGUAGAGUUUUUAAUUGUUAAGUUUCAAUAAAUAGGUCAUAUUCUUUAUUGCAAAGAUUUGACUCGGAAGACCCAUCGGAGGCUGAGAUCUCUUUGUCCAUCGCCAUUGGUCUUGC